AUGUCCCUGCAACAGCUAAACUACCAUAUGCAGAAUGACACAUUCCUUUUUGACGCACACAGUGCAGCUGCUGUAGUUUGCGAACGUUAUGAAGGAACAAGGUUGACAGCCGUUGGUGGAAAUGGUACUGAGCAUACCAAUUUUUAUUGGAUAACGCUUCCCAUGGCAUUGAUUGGCUUAUUAACUGGAGUUUUUCAGAUUCUUUUCAAGCCUCUUGGCCACCUUUCUUUUGUUUCACAGAUGCUUGCUGGAAUGGCCAUGGGGCCAACGUGUCUUGGACGCAUUGACGCUUUCAACGUCCAUGUAUUCAGCCCCAGAAAUGUUGUGACGUUAAAUGUAUUUGAAGCUGUGGGAAUUUUUUAUGUGUUUUACUUGGUUAGCAUUCAAACUGACAUGAACAUGAUAAAAAAGGCUGGAAGACUUGCAUAUAUUAUAGGCAUAGGAACCUAUAUAAUUCCAUUUACUGUAACCUAUGUUUCGGCUGUGUCAAUAAGGAAUUCUUACAAAUUAGAUGAAUUACUUCGUCAUUCACUGCCAACUGCUGCCGUAUUACUACCCACAAUUUCUUUUCAUGUUAUUAUCCUUUUCAUCACUGAACUCAAACUUCUUAACUCAGAACUAGGCCGCCUUGCUCUAUCUUCUGCUUUCAUCAACAGCUUAGUAGCCUUUAUUAUUUUUGUAGUUGGUGAUUAUGGAGCUCAGAGCACACAACUUCCUGCUAGAGAAAUAUUUCUAAUGAUCCUAAAUGAUGCGGUUCUCAUUAUAAGCAUUGUUUUUGGCGCCCGUCAAUUGAUGAUAUGGAUGAUGAAGCACACCCCAGAAGGAGAGCCCUUGAAGGGUGCUCAUGUUUUGGUUGUAAAUGUGCUGCUUCUUGUAACCUUUUUUAUAGCGGAGAUUUCAGGGAGACAUAGUUUGAUGGGAGGAAUUGUGUUAGGAAUGGUCACUCCUCAUAAGCCUCCAAUGGGGAAUAGCUUAGCAAGUAAAAUUAAAUAUUUUGUUUGGGCUGUGUUCAUUCCUUGUUAUUUGUUAAAUAUUGGCAGACAUAUCAAUAUAUUCAAUGUAAGACUCCAGUCUUUCGUCAUUACUGAGUUCCUCGUAACUGAAACUAUCUUGGCCAAGUUUUUUGUCACUUUAAUCCCUUCACUCUAUUACAAAGUACCCUUUAUGGAUGCUGUCUCACUUGGCUUAGUUUUGAACUGCCGAGGCAUCCAUGAUAUGCCAGUUUUCUCCCGUUCUCAUAAUCUUAAGGAUUUAACAGGAGAAGUGUUUACUGUCUUGUCAGUGUCAGCAAUGUUGCAGACUACCAUUAUUGUAACUUUACUUAGAAGUUUUUACGACUAUUCAAGAAGAUAUGUAGCCUACAAAAGACGCACACUUGAACAUAGUCAACAAUUUGCCGAGCUUCGGAUCCUGGUUUGUGUUAGUGAAUUAGAUAAUGUGGCUACUGUUGUCAACAUCCUUUAUGCAUCCAAUCCUCCCCAAAGUCCUGUUGGGAUUUACGUAUUGAACCUUGAGGAAUACACUGGACGGUUAUUGCCUGUAGUAAUCCCACAUCGAUUAGAAAAAAAAUCACAUUCAAGUGUCAAAACCAACAUUGUCGACACCAUGAUCAAUGCAUUCUACCAUGUUGAACAACAGGGCCAAGGCUAUCUUUCAGUGCAGUGUUUCACAGCCAUAGCUCCUUAUGCUUCCAUGCACGACGACAUCUGUUCAAUGGCAUUCGAGAGGGACACUUCUUUAGUGAUAAUCCCCAUUCUUAAAACAGAGAGUGUUAUAUUCAACAAGGUGGUAAAAAAAGUGUUAAGAUUGGCACCAUGUUCAGUUGGAAUCUUCUUUGAUCGUGGGAUAUUUAUGGACUCCAGACCCAUUUUGUCACGUCAAGGUUCAAUUGCAGUCCAUGUAUGUGUGAUCUUCAUAGGGGGUCCUGAUGAUCGUGAGGCUCUUGUAUAUAGCCAACGCAUGGCUGAGAAUCCUAAAAUCUUUGUUACAGUCAUCCGGGUGGUUCCUAGAAAUUCUUACGUACCUGAUUUGACAGAAGUGAACAAGGAUUUGAACGCGAUAGAUAGUUUCAAGAUGAACACAAGGACUAAUAAAAAUUAUGAUUAUUAUGAGAAGAGUGUAGGAGAGGGAGCUGGCACAGCGAAAAUACUUAAUAGUUUGGGAAAUGAUUUUGAUCUGUUCAUGGUUGGAAGAAGACAUGAUGAAUAUACACCAGUGUUGUUUGGAUUAGCAGAGUGGAGCAAGCAUCUGGAGCUGGGUGUAAUUGGUGAUAUGUUGAUUUCUGCAGAUUUUAGGAGCGAGGCAUCAGUUAUGAUAAUACAACAAGAAGCUUCAGCCGUGGCUGAAAUGAUUCCAAGCUCAAAAUAUUCAACCAGCAGCAGAGGCAGGCCACUUCGAUAA